AUGGGGAAUUCUCCUUCUCAAAUUCGCCCGCACCGCAGUCCCUCGCUCCGCGCGCAUCGGUCCCGCAGCAACAGCCACAGUAGCAGCGCCUUACCCCCAGCCGCCCCCCAGGCCUCGGCCAAACCACCAGCCCCUCUCUCGUCCUCCACCACCGAUUUCCGCCCUUCCUCUACCGCCAGCCGCCUCUUCCGCCCCUCCUUAUCGUCUAAUGACGCCCAUACUGUUGCCGACCACGGCAAACCCACCUCCACUGGAUUAAACACCGCCGUCGCCCGCUCGUCAUCUACAGGCGACGUAGUCGAGGGCCCGCGGACGGCGGCGGGAUCCGCGGAGAAACUGGUGCUUGGCGCGAGCGCAAGGCGGCGCAACUCCGCGUGUUACCCGCGUGAGGAAACGGGGAAGACGGCUGGACGUGGCGGGACGCAGGAUAGGCAGCUAAAAGAAACCGCCAUUGCCGAAACGAGCUGGGAACGAACAGGAGGGUCAGGACGAGCAGACGGGGAAGGACUGUGGAGCAAUAACCGCUACGAGCAGCUGCUGCCGCUCCUCGCGGGGCUUACGGAGGCGGACUGGUCGGCGCUGCAGCAUUGGGCGGAAAGCGGAUGGCGGUGCGUCGAGUGCGGGACAAGUCGACCCGUUGACCACACAUUCACUCCCCGCGUCGCCUCUCUCCUCCACCUCCUUCGCGCAUUCCCCGCGCCCCCCGCCCUCGCCCCGCUGCCCGCGCCCCCGUGCGCGCACUCCCUCUCCGCCUCCCCCUGCACGUCCGCGCGCAUGUCGGUCUGGGACCGCCAGGCCAGUCUAGACUCUUCUUUAAUCCCCACCACGCCGCCACAUGCGCUCGAGCGACAAGAAAGCCUUCCCGCCAGAAGCGGAACGGCGGGGCUGAAGUUUGUAAACGGUCAGCUGAGCCUCUGCCCGGGGCAGGUUGAAGGUUCCAGGCGGAGGGCGGAAAUACCGCGCAGGCACUCUGCUUCCGCCGGGCCGUCGAGCGCGCUCCCCUCGCCCACCACUGCGGACUCUGGUGCGCGGGUUGCGGGGGUUGCGGAUUUGAGCGCCGUCGUUCACCCUUGCGCCAGCGACGCCGCCGCCUCCGCCGCCGCUGCCGCCGAUGGUCAUUGCGGGAAUCUGAUCACCACCACAAGCAGCAAUGCAAGCGCCAUUAGCGGCGCCGCCGACGCGGCUGCUGCGGUUGCUGCUGGUUCUGCCAUUACUCCUGGUGUAGGGGGCAAUAAUGUCGCUUCCGCGGCCGGUGCGGCAACGGUCGUUGCGGGGCGGGAAUCGUGCAGCAGCAGCGCGAACCUUCACCGCAGCCGCAGUCUCACCGCGCGCAAGCGCCGCCCGCAUCCCCCGUUCGUCGUCGUCCCCUCGCCGCCGCGCACGGCCACACCGCCCAGGGGGACCAUUACCCCCGCGUCCGCACGCCCCGCGCCCGCUACCACUCCCGGACUGAUUAAUGUUUACAUUAGUAGGACUAGCGGGCUUGCGCGUAACGCUCCUGCGGUCACUCCUGUUGCCUCCGCCAAUGCCGCGGCCGGGUGUGCGCGGGGGCGGAGCUGGGAAGAGAGCGCGGAAGGAAACAGGGGUGGGGAGGGGAUGCGCGGAAGGGGAGCGCCAGGCGCGGAGGAUGACGGCUUGCUAACGCUCCCGCUACCGCCGCUGAAUGCAGCAGAAUUAGAACAACUGAGCGGAAGAGCUGGUGGGGAGGGAGGACUCCGCGGGAGAGGCGGGCGGAAGGACGGGCAAGAGUGGGAAGUGAGCGCGCAGAGUGACGUCAUUCCCGCCACACAUUCCCUGGUUUCGACAGUAAGCCAGGGCAACAAUCUCGGCGCCAGUCACGGCGCCAGUCACGGCACCACCACGCAUCUCCUCCGCUGGGCUUCAAUCGGCGCGCUUCACUCCGCUUUCGGCGGCGUCGGGCAAUCCGCCGCCUCCGCCAGCAGCCCCGUUAAGCUGCUGCGGAGCAAGAGCCGCGGAAAGGGCAGGACGCGGAGCGGGCGGCGGAACGGGGGGUCCGCGCGGGGGGAGGAGCACAGACUGGGCGGAUGCGCAGCGGGCGCGGCGCGCCGAUGCCAUUCUGUGGAGGAGGCGCCGACGGCAAUCGACGCGGCGGCGCGGGGACGCGACGAAUCGGGGGAGAAAGGUUUCGCAGGAAAAGCGGGGGUGCGUGCAGCAGCGGAAUGGGCGGAGAUGAAACCAGCUGCAGCGGAAGGGAGCGCAGGCGCGAGCGCGCGCGGAUGGCAGGUGGAGGACUUAUUCGGAAGGCUCGCGGAGCCGCUUGUGGCUGGCGCUACAGGUUCCGCCAACGGCGCUGGCGCGACCGGCGCGGACCCCGCGCUCUUCCGCCGCCCGUCGCUUUCCCGCGCGGCACUCGCCCGCUCCGCCAGCUGCUCUCACUUCGACUCGUACCUGUCCGUCCCCCCGCCGUCCCCCGCCACCGUUGCGCCUCUCCCGCCAGCUUCCGCCGCGCAAGUCCCGCCGGUUUCAGUUGCUGCUGCCGCCGCCUUUGCCGCUGCGGUUCGAGACUACGGCAUCGCGCCGGCUGCGGUAGAAAACGCCGCCGAUUGCGGCGGGGGAGGCGGCGGUUACGGCGCGAGCAGCGGUGGCGGAGUGUUCCUGACCUCUUCCUCGCACUCCUCUCCGCCCUCCUCUUCCUCGUCAUCCCCCGAGUUUCCCCCCAGCACCUGCCUUUCGAUGCCCUCCCGCCGCGUGCUCCCCGCGUUCCUGCGCACGUGCGUCGUUCCGCGCGCCAUGGGCGGAGUCCCGCUGCCCCUCCCCCUGCCCCUCGCGGAGCCGCUGGAGAGAGAAUUCAGAGCCAACGAGCGCGCGUUCCUGCGCACCGUCGCCAGCGUUGAAGCCGCCGCGAUCGCCGCCGCCGCCAGCGACGGCACCGCUGCAGCUGCUGACGCGUCACGUCGCGGCGGGAGCGGCGGCGACGGUGGUUUCUGCGGCGGCGGUGAUGGCGGAGAGGAAGAGGAAAGGGGCCGUGAGGAGUGGCGCAUGUGGCGCGCGAGCCCUCCUGUAGGCUCGUCCCCUGCCUCUCUCCCGUCCCCCGCCUCUUCCUCCUCCCGUCGACCAAUCACCAGAGCCGCGUCCUCGCCCUUCCUCUCCUCCCUCCUGCCCCAACAGCGGCAGUUGGGGCGUCAGAGCAGCGGGCUGGGCUGCAGAGAGGACGGAAUGGGCGGGCACGGACAGCAGCAGCAGCAGCAGCAGCAGCAGCAGCAGCAGCAGCAGCAGCAGGGUGGGGUGUGCAGCUUUGUGGAAAGGAAACCAGUUGGUAUUAUUCCCAGGCAGGCAUCCACACAGCCCAACACGCCCGUGCAUACGAUGCAGGGUAACUGCACGCCAGCCCACACUGGCACGCUCGUGCAUAAGCGGUCACACUCACAGGCUGCUGCUGGUGCUGCCGGUGGUGCUGUUGGUCGCUUUAGCUCCCACUCGCGCACCCCAUCUCCGAGCUUUAUUCGCACUGUGGGGGGCACGGACGGCAGGGGCAGCAGAGAGGCGCAGGGGGGAGGUGUGCAGGUACUGCCUCGGGGAGAAGGUGUGGGGCUACUGUCUCUACACGCACAUGCAUCUAAUGCCGCUGACCCCACCACUCUUCCCCCUCCUCCUCCUCCUACUCCUCCUGUGGGUAGGACCAGGCUGCAGUGGCCUUUCUCCCCUCUUCCUCCUGCUCCUGCUGCCACUGCUGCUGUGCGUGGCGGUGGCGGGUUGGCAGCAGCACCUGUGCUGCCCCUCUCUGUCAAGCGCGCGCGAUCGCUGAGUGUCGUCGAGAUGACUCGAGAGCGCAACCGAUUCUUCGCAACAUCUGCUGCUGUCGCCGCCGCCACCGCUGCCGCCGCUGCUGCUGCUGCUGCUUCCGCGGACAGCAGCAGCAACAAGGCUGCGUCCCAAGCUACCACUGCCGCACCUGACCGCAAGGCGCUAACAACAGAGCCUAAUCCUGGGAUCUCCCAAGCACGCGUGGCAUCAGCAGAGCGGGUGCAGCUGCACCGAGCAGCCAGUGAUGUGCUCGCAGAGACCCUUCGCCUGCUUGGGUCCGCCGCUUCCCCCUCCUCCGCCUCUCUGCCGGGCUCCCCUGUUUGCAGCCUGCCCGCACGGGGAAUGCAGCCCACGCGGCUGGGACGGAUGGAGCGUGGGAGUUCGGAAGCAGCAGGGGUAGCAACAGGAGCAGCGGGAGUGGCAGCAGCAGGGGUAGAGGGAGAGGCAGUGGGACCAGGCAGCAGUGCAGUGGCAGCGGAAGAAGGGGCGGCAGCAGAGGGGAGUGCGGUGGUGGAAGGGGGGGCUGGUGGCAGGGGCGGUGUGGCACAGGAGCGACUGCUGGCACACGUGUCGGGAGCCUAUGAGGCACUGCUGCGAGACACGACCCCCAACGGAUCCGUGGUGGGGGAGUACCUACUCUCCGCACUGCUCUCUCUCCUCCACUCCUCCUUUGGCUUCGUUGCCAGUGUGCUGCACAACGCCGACGGCACGCCCUACAUCAAGACCCACGCCAUCUCCAACAUAGCCUGGUCACCCGGCCUGCAGCAGUGGCAUGCUCGGAACGCGCAGAGCGGGCUGGUGUUUGCCAACAUGAACACGCUCUUUGGCGCUCCCGUCACCUCGCGCCUGCCAGUCAUCUCCAACCACCCCGCCUCCGACCCUCGCUCCUCGGGGACUCCUCCUGGCCAUGCUCCUGUGCACUGCUUUCUGGGAGUGCCGCUCCUUGUCGCCCACGAGCCGGGCCUAUGCAGCAUCCUUUUCGACCUUGACGGCCGGAACAUUCUAACAGCCGGCGCCGACAAUCAGGUCAAACUGUUUCCCAUCAAGCCGUGCAACGCGUCGUCCGACGGCGACGGCGCGCCGAGUCUGGGCGAUCCGCGGACGGUGCGCGUGGAGCAUAAGGGGCAAAUGACGACGCUGGCGAUGAGUCCCAUGGGCGAUAAGUUCGCCACGGCUGCGGAGGACCACACAGUGAAACUGCACUCGUAUCCUGCUGCGCGGUUCGAGAGCAACGUGACUCGGUUCACUCUUCCCAUCCGCGCGCUCGCAUUCAACGUCUCCGGCGGGCUUCUCGCGGCGGCGGGCGACGACGAGGGCAUUAAAGUCAUAUCCACCGUCGAUUCCUCUAUCGUCUCCGUGCUCAAGGGUCACGACGCUCCCGUGCUGAGCGUGGCGUUCGACCCGAAGAACGAGCUGCUUGCGUCGUGCGACGCGGACGGAACCGUCAUUAUUUGGAGCAUAUCUGAGGCUAAGCCUCUCCACACGCUGCGCGGCGUCGCCCCCGUGAUCGACGCGGUGGCGGCGGAGGAGGAGGCAGACGGCGCGGCGGCAGCGGUGGCGGGUCGGAGCGCCGUGGCAUGGCACCCAGACGGCAGCUUCCUAGCGGCGCCCGGGACUGACUGCGACGUGGUCUGCUACGACCGCGACACGGCUGACGUCAUGCUCACACUCAAGGGGGUGCACAAGUCUCGAGUCGCCGUUCUUGCCUGGUGCCCCAGCGGCCGUUACUUUGCAACGGCCGGCGCUUCGGACGGCACGGUGGCGGCAUGGGACGUGGAGGCGGUGGACGGCGCGUUCGAUCUGGACGUGUGCCGCGUCGAUGCCGGCGCGCCAAUCACGGGCCUGCAAUGGAGCCCUGCGGAUAACGCAAUCGUCGCCAUUGAUUGCGCCGGCUGCUGCGGCGUGUGGCACGGCCCCGUGCCGCCCCACAUGCCCGCGCCGAAUGCGGCGCCGCAGUGGGGAGGGGCGAACAUCGAGCAGCAGAAAGAGGCCCGCCGUACUCGGGAGGAGCUGUUCCGCUUUGAUGACGCGCCCGGCGGAAACGGAAGCGGAAAUUCGGGGCAGGCGGGCGGAGAGGGCAGCGGUGGAGGGCAGGAGGUGUGGGAGGACGAUCUUGGGAAUGACGAGGGGCGCAGGGGGAAGGGGAAGUGGGGAAGCAGGGGCGGAGUGGGGGAGGGGGACGCGGGAGCGGAAUCAGGAGGAGAGGAGGAGAGUGAGGGGGGGUUUCGCGCUCAUGCGGGGAGGAGGAGAGGUGGGGGAGGGGCGCGACACGUGGUGGAAGAUGGAAGUGACAGGGAGGACGAAGUGGGCGGGUGGGAUGGUGAGCGGGAAGAGGAGCGGAGGGGGGGCGCGAAGAGAGAUGGUGGUAAGGGGAGUGGGGGGAAGGGACACGUGAGCCGUGGGGAGAGGAAGGGUGCUGUGGCUGCUCCAGUGGUGUUCAUGCAGCCGCCGUUCCAACCCGGCUCAACCACGCUCACAGCAGCAGCGGGCAGCAGCAGUGCAGAGGGGGAGGAGGGCGUGGAGGGGCCGGGGGGGGUGCGGCUGCGGUACCUGGCAUACGACAUGCUGGGGCGGGUUACCACUCGCAUGGACGCAGAGAGCGAUACAGCGCACGUGGAGGUGGACUUCCAUGACACGUCAGCAGCAGUGACACGUGUGCCAGCGCUGACGGACUACUACGGGUGCACCAUGGGCGUGCUGGGGGAGAGGGGGUACGCGCUCGCCUCGCCUGCGCGCGCCAAGCAGCCCUCCACCAUUCUCUUCCGCCCCUUCACCUCCUGGGCUCCCUCCUCCGAUUGGUCGGUGCGCCUGCCAGCAGGGGAGGAGGUGACAGCCAUUGCCGUGGGCCGCAAGUGGGUGGCGGCCGCAACAUCCCGGAACUUUUUGCGCAUCUUCUCGGACACGGGGCUGCAGCGUGCGAUCGUGUCACUGGAGGGGCCUGUGGUGGCCAUGGCGGGGCAGGGCGCGUUCCUUGCUAUCGCCUUCCAUGCCGCAGGGCCGUACCCUGAUGGUCACCAGGCCAUGCAUAUGCUGCUCCUGGACAUGCAUUCAUCCGCCCUGCGACUGCGCACGCCCAUUGCCCUCUCCCCCGGCGCCUCCCUCGCCUGGCUCGGCUUCUCCACCAUCUCUUCCGACCCCUCUGCACCGCUCCACACCACCGUGCCCACAGUUGCCACAUACGAUUCCCAGGGUGUGGUGCGCAUUCUCUCUCCAGACUUUGGAGGCUGCUGGAUGCCCAUAUUCAGUGCGAGUGCAUCGCCUACAAGUGAGUCGCACCGGCUCUGGAUGGUGGGGCUGGACCUCAGGGAGCAAGCCAUCUUCUUCAUCGUCUGCACCACUGCCUGCCCGCAACCCUCGGUGUUCCCCCGGCCUGUGCUAUCAGAGAUGCCUCUGGCGCUGCCUCUGGCCCUCUCAGACCUCGCAGCAGCUGACUCCCUCCAGGCGGACCUCCUGCGCUCAGCCCUCGCCACCGCACACGUGCGGGCAGUGGCGGACGAGGCAUUGCAGAUGGGGGAGCAGGGGGCGCUGGCAGCAGCAGAGGACGAGGAGGAGCUGCUGAAGCUCGAGGCAGAGAGGGACAAGACGCUUCUGCGCCUGCUCGUCGCUGCUGCCAAAGGAGACAAGUUAGAGCGGGCGAUGGAGCUGGGAACAAUGCUGUCGCUGAGGAAGAGCCUGCAGGGCGCUGUCAAGCUCACCUCUGCUCUGCGUCUGCCCGUGCUCGCCGAACGCCUGCACUCGCUGCUGCAGGUGAGGAAGCGGUUGAGUGCGGUGGACGGGGGUGGGCUGAGUGGUUAUGUGCUGCAUGCUGCUGUUGGGCUGCAGCAGGGGGAGCGCUUGCGAGCUGAAGAAGACGAGCAGAGGCUUCAGCAACGGAAGGAGCAGCAGCAGCAGCGAAUCACACAAACGCGAGUUUUCCCUGACCCACCAAGCAGUGCCAAUCGUUCUCAGCCACAGCCGCCACAGCCACCGCAGCCACAACCGCACCAGCCCGUAAGUGAGCCGCCUCGAAAGGAGCGCAUUUGUCCCGACCCCCCUCCCUCGACACAGAAGAGUGCAGCCGCAGCAUUGGCACCGAUGUUUGUCAAGAAGGGCCCAGGGGCAAACCAGAAAGCAGCAGCAGGUGGUCAGAAGAACGCGAAAGUGAAUCCCAAGGGCUCUGAUGCACCUGCUGCUGCAGAUUGCUCCAGCCCUCAAUUGGCUGCCAAAGGCACUGCCACGGACAUUGGUAGUGCUAGAGGCGAGGAGGCAGGUGCUGGUGAUGAGGGUGGGGCGAAAGCACCUGCAGGAAGUGUUAAGUCGUGCAACCCGUUUGGGAAGAAACCUGGGGGUGUAGCAGCGGCCGGUGGGGCUGUGGCUGGCAGGGCGGCCGAAGGUUCUGUCUGGCUCGCAACCAUUCGGUGUGUAUACAACGUGUGGUCCUGCAACCAAUCAAACAACGCUCGGCGCUUCCUAGGGUUUGCUCCACCUCUCUCUGCUCUCCUCCGCUCCCCUCCCCUCCCUCUGCCUGCUGUGUGCGACCUUGACCUCUUACCUCCAGGUUAUCCUGUUCCCUGCACAUCCAUGGCUACACAUCCAGGGGCUGUCAUGGCUGCAGCGGCACAUGAAGAUCACCAAAAUCAGCAAAAUAUUGCAGCCGCUGCGGCAGCAGCGGCAGCGGCAGCAGCUGCCGGUUCCGGAAUGCCAGGCGGACACACUGAAUACAUUACCAUACCGCAUGUAUCCGUUGACCUUGGCUCAGCCGCUCUUGCUGCACAACACGUCGCUUAUCCUUAUGCGACAACGGACCCGUAUUAUGGAAACAUAGUGACAUUUGGCUCUCAGGCUCUGAUGGCACCACAUUUGUUAGGGAUGCAACAGCAAGCACGCAUGGCGUUGCCGUCAGAGAUUGUGGAGGAGGAGCCAGUGUAUGUCAACGCCAAGCAAUAUCAUGGCAUUCUGCGCCGCCGCCAGGCUCGGGCUAAAGCAGAGGCAGAGAACAGGCUCGUCAAGGCGCGCAAGUCACGGCACCAGCAUGCGUUGAGGCGUGCUCGUGGCUGUGGUGGUCGCUUCCUAAACACGAAACAACUGGAAGAGCUGGCGAGGAAAGAAAAUGGGGAGUCAGCCGACGAUCAGAACUCGGCUGGUAAAGACGAGGACAAAAAAAAGCCCAAGCGCGCUCGACGCCCUCCCCAGAAACGCGUAUCCGUGCAGCAAGCAAUUGACAGUGGAAACGACAAGCAGGAUGUGUCAGGAAGCAGCGAUGACGUAAGCGAUUCUCCUGGUACUGGAACGAGCAACGAGGAACUCUCUCGGCCUUCAGGCAAUGCUGCUGGAGGCAUCAACAGUGGCGCGAUCAGUGGUUACCAGCUUUUGGACAGCGGCGCUGCCAGCGUGGCAGCAGGUGCGUCUGCCACAGCAGGGAACACCGCCACUGAUGCUGCUGGGAUGGCUUCCCAAGAGGCCGCGGCACAGCAGUUCAUGAUGAACAGCCUGCAACAGCACCAGCAGCAGAUUCAGUUGCAGCAGCAGCAACAGCAGCAGCAACAGCAACAGCAACAGCAGCAGCAGGAGCAGCAGCAGCAGCAGCUUCAGCAGCAACAGCAGCAGCAGCAGCAGCAGCAGCAGCAACAACAACAGCAGUCACAGCAGCAGCAGCAGCAGAUUGCUGGAUUCGACCUAGGCUUUGCAGGAGCAAUGGGCUUCUACCCCUUCAGCGGAGUUGGCAACUUUCCUGGUGCAUCCAUGGCUUCGGCUCAAGCGUUUCAGCAACACGCAGGCCAGCAGCAUGCUUUCCACCCGACUGGCGCUCCUGCUGCGUUCCAUCAUGUGUCAGCGUUCCACCCAAUCAAUGCAGGCACUGACGCUGCCAGUGCUGCAGCAGCCGCGGCUGCAAGGAAUGCUGCCGCUGCUGCAACAUACCCGGGAGUUCACACGGAUGGCAAGUCGUGA